UGCCUGGGGCAGCCGCGGUCAGUAGAGAACAAUUGGUAUCAGACUCGGAGGAAGCCAGGGAUAUACGUUCCUCUCCUAAAGUCACACAAGAAUGCUAUAUAAGAGCCCACGAGUUGGUCAAUGGCUCUUCAUCACAAGCACACCGUCUCAGACAACCGCACCAAUUCACAUUCAACGACCAUGAAGUUCUCCAGCACUGUCACCUCCGGCUUCGCCAUUGCCAUGGCUCUUCUCGCUCCAGUGAAGGCCGACUUCUACGCCAACUUCUUCGAUGACUCCGCCUGCUCUGUGAACGGCGGCGAAGGCGUCGACAUCCGCAACACUGGCUGCCUGGGCGAGGCCGGCCGUGGCUCCGUCUACAUCCCCAAUGAUGGUCUCGGCACCAGCGGCGACAACCAGUACUGCCUCGUCAUCACCUCCGGCGACGGGACGUGCACCUGCCAGAACGUCGGCUACGACUUCACCGCUACCGGGUUCUGCAAGACGCUCAACCCGAGCGACCAGAGCUACCGUUUCGUCGGAGGAGCCUGCGGACACAACAACUGCUAAGCUGCUGGCGAACGAGCCCUGUGCUAU